AUGGACAUGGACAAUGAUACCACACCACAUGGCUUCAUCCUUCUGGGCUUCUCAGAUAAUCCCAGGCUGGAAAUUAUUCUCUUUAUGGUUGUGUCCAUCUUUUACAUGAUCACGCUAGUGGGCAACAUCACCAUCAUAUUUCUGUCCCACACAGACUCGCAUCUCCACACGCCCAUGUACUUCUUCCUCACCCAGCUCUCCUUCCUAGACCUCUGCUUCACCACAAGCUGCAUCCCCCAGAUGUUAGUCCAUCUCUGGGGCCCAGACAAGACCAUCAGCUACCUUGGAUGUGCAGCUCAACUCUACAUCUUCCUGGGAUUGGGGGCUGCUGAGUGCAUCCUGCUGCUCGUCAUGGCUUUUGACCGCUAUGUGGCAGUGUGUCGGCCCCUGCACUACGCAGUCAUCAUGCAUCCGAAGCUGUGCCAGAAGUUGGUGCUCUUUGUGUGGGUGAGUGGAAUUUUUGGCACCUUGGUGCAGUCCCCCACCACAAUGAAGCUUCCUUUCUGCCAUCACCACCAAGUGGAUGACUUUGUGUGUGAAGUUCCUGCAUUGAUACGUCUCGCCUGUGGAGACACACUUAUUAAUGAACUCCAGAUCUCGGUGAUUGCAGGCAUCUUCCUGAUGGUGCCGUUACUCCUUAUACUUGGCUCCUAUGGGCGCAUUACCCAGGCAGUGCUGGCCAUUCAGUCCCAAGAAGGGAGGAGUAAGGCUUUCCGCACCUGCUCCUCCCACCUGGUGGUUGUCUUCCUCUUCUACUGCAGUGGUACUGCAGUUUACAUCCAACCAAGGAGCCGGUUUUCUCAGAAAGGAGGGAAAUUCCUGACUCUUUUCUAUACUGUGGUGACCCCCACACUCAAUCCACUCAUCUACACCUUGAGGAACAAGGACGUGAAGGAAGCAAUCAAACGACUCUUUGGGAAAGACAGAAUGGCCAGUGGGGAGUAUGGGGCUCAUACUUCAGGGUAA